AGUGUGAUUAAUUCAUGUGAAUUAAGGAAUGAGAUAAUUGCAAACGGUAGAACACUGAGUACUUUUUUUUCCUUUGGAAGGCAAUAUCAGAAUGCCCCUUUAAACCGUCAGAGGGGGAGUCUGGAUAGAUGUGCAUAGCCUGUUUAUGCAAAGCAUGGUAUUAUCUACACUGAGGCACAGAGUGGAUUAAAGACGGGGAAGGGAGGUUACCUUGCAGUCAGCUGCAAUAAUAUAUCAUAGGUCAAAGGAGAGAGAGAGAGCGAGAGAGGAACAAGCGAGCAGAACGAAGGUAAAGAGAUGUGUGCAGCCACCGAGUGAGUACAGUGUUUGAGAUCAGGAGAGGCGGUCAGAAUAAACACAACAGGGAUCUAAAUAAACAACAGGGAUCUAUGCAGAAGGGACUUCUGUCUGAAGCUCCUCCCUCUGUCGCCACGUCCCUGAGGAGCUGAUUUCAGUGACUGAGAGAGCCGAUUAAUGCAGUGUUUACAGGGCUUUCGACGCUCAUUCUUCGGUGGACUUCUGUCGGUUCUGAUUAUGAUCUUGUUACUCUAUCCUGGUCUGAAGAACAUGGCUGUGUAUCUGCAUGCACUAGUAACUGGAAGCUACAUGUCGGGGACCCACUCUGUAGUUUUCAUCAGUUGUCCUAACGAACAAGUUGGUAAAGUCAUUGCAAGGACCAUUAUGGAAAAGAAGUUGGCUGCUUGUAUAAACAUUAUACCAAAGCUGUCUUCCAUGUACCAUUGGGAUGGAGAAAUAACAGAAGUGACUGAGGCAAUGUUGGUGAUAAAAACAAGAAGCUCAAAGCUAUAUGAACUGACAGAGUUUAUCAGAUCAGUCCAUCCUUUUGAAAUUCCUGAAGUUAUAAGUCUUUCAGUUGACCAAGGCAACCCAUCGUACUUGAAAUGGAUAGAAGAAGUUGUGCCAGAAGAAUGAUAUACUCACAUUGGUUUGUUUUGUAAAAUUGUAUAGUGUUUAGUUUUAAGUGGCUUUAUUUAAGUAUGCAUAAAUGACCAACAUUAUGUUAGAAAAGCAACCAGCCACAGCCAUACCUUCAGGAGAAUUUACAGUUCCUCAGUGAUUACAGUGGAUGACCCUGCCAUUAACUUGAAGAAAACAAUCUAAAAGUCUUGUAUUAAACCCUACUCUUUCACUAAUGUUCAUAGUACAUUGACACUUCUCUCCCUUAGAAUUUUUUUUAUUAUAAAUUUUAAGUCACAGAAUAGGUUGAUCUUGAAUUAUGAUGCUCAUCUAGAUUUUGGAGAUGACCAAAUCAAAAUAUUUCUAGAUUUUCAUUGUCAAAUAUUGUGAAGAUAAGUAUAGAUAAUUCUUCUGGACCCAAAUAAGAAAGGAAAGGUUUGAGGUUAUAAAAUAGGUCUUCUCAAUCUUGCAUUUGCAUAGAUUUUUCAGUCACGUUUCUGACCAGAGUGAAGUUUAGCUGAAGAUAGUAAUGAAAUGAGAUUUAUCUUUGAUUAACUGUAAUUGCUAAAAUGUUCAUGCCUAGACAUCUUAUAACUACCACUUAAAUAUUUUUUUAUGAAACAAGAAGUGCAAUUGAACAUUUACCAGAAGCUCAAACAAAAUGAGAAUAUUUCUGCCUGAUAUUGUCUUGCUUGGAAUAUUUACUUAACAUUUUUCCCACAGCAGGAUUGUUUUGAUAACAACCUAUUAAUCAUGAAUUUCAUGAAAAUUGUUAUCCAGUGUUUUCAAGUAUGGUGAUAAUCUGAUAUAUUAAGACAAGCUUUUAUAGUGUUUUGCACAUCUUGUUGCUCUCUUUUGUAACUGGUCUGCUCUGGAAAAUAACUAUUCAAUUAAAUAAAAAAAGUAUUUUUGAGAGCAGCAUCAAAUAGCUGGCCCUUUCUAUAUAAUUUUUUAAAGAGUAACAAAAUUAGUUGACAAUGUGACACCUUAGACACAAGAUGCAUCAUUUUCCAGAGCUGCAAUAGGAAGCAAAUGCAAUUAGAUUCUUAGUAACUGGUAGCUGAGGGGAAAGGUAU